UCGCCCCGCCCUUCCCGCAGUCGGGCCGAGAGGAGUAAAAUGGCCGCCGCAGAGGCCGGGCCCGGGCAGACUCGGCGGCAGUGGCCGCGCCUCCUAUGCCUCCUCCUGCUCCCGCUUUCCUUCUCCUUCUUCUGAAAGUGGGCGGGCGGAAGGGCCUACCACCCCGGAGGAACCGGGAUUUCAGCUCUUGCAAGCAUGGAAGAAGAAGAAGAGAAUCCCCGAUCACCAGUAAGAGAGGAUCCUGCACGAAGUGGUGAGAAGCCACCCAGUGAACCAGUUCUUGAUUCAGAUUGGGACCAAUCAAGUGCCCUCUGUGCUGGCCAAGUAAUAAUUUUGAAAGCUUUACAGCAAGCUGUGGACACUGGCUUGGCAGCUGAACUGCAAGAUCCAGCAAGUCAGAAAGAUGCUGAAUGCAAGCGUCGAAGAAAAUGGUGCAGGAGCUCCAGAUCUGAAGGGUUUGGAGGAAGUUGGCUGGGAACUGGGGAUCCUGCCUUGGCCUGUGAUAGGAAUGACCUGAUGGGUGAGGCUCUUGAAUCUCCUUCUUCUAGUGUGAUGCCUGCCUUGGCUGGAGUCCUGGAUUACCUGGAAUGGACAUACCAUUUGCCCCAAGGGGUUGAGAGCUCCAUGGGGACCCAAACGGUUUAUGAAGAUGAAGAGAUGGAAGAGGUGGAACUGGUCGCUGAGGUGCGACUGGAAGAUGUUAGCACCCUGUCAGGCAUCUUUAGAAGAAACCUGUCCUGGAGAAUGCAGAAAGCAGCCUGCCUUAGAUCAUCUGCACCCUGCUGGAGAGGAAGCAGCACCUGCCCUAUUGGCCAGCCUUUACUCUCAGAGCAACCCUACCCUUUGGACCCACACAAAACUAUGCCUAUUACGGACAAAGCUUCUUGGACUUCUCUUCUAAGUAGAAGCAAGGCUUUGCAGGACCCUGAAGCUGACAGGACUUCUCCUUCACCUUGCUUGGGCAUGACUCUGGGCACUGGGAUGGGGAUAUCCAGUGGGGGCCAGCAACGCCCCCAGAGCGCCACCAGUCGGGAAUCUGAAUCCCAGCAGCGAUCUCAGCCACCGCCCUCCAACUCCUUAGAUAAGGCUGAUUCCAGCACCUCUUCUUCAUCAUCCUGUUCAUCAUCAACCUCCUCCAUGUCCCACCACCAAGAUCUGCCUGGAGAAGGCGGCAGUGCCGGCUCUUUGAACCCGUGUCCCCCAAUGCAUUCCCCGGACUUAGAUAUUUAUGAUCCCUUUCAUCCCACUGAUGAGGAUAACCUUAAUGGUGACUUUGGCUUUGGUGACUCCCCCCACAAAGAGGCAGAGGGUGGCCGGCAUGACCAGAAAUACGAUCCCUUUGAUCCCACAGGCUCCAACCCUAGUUCCUCUGUUAGUACUCCUUCUCCUGAGGAGGAUGACGAUGAUGACGAUGAUGAGGAAGAUGACCAGGAUCAGCAUCCUCCAGACAUGUCCCAUAGCAUUAGUCGCAUCUCAGAAACAUUGGCUGGCAUCUAUGAUGAAAAUAGCUUGAGCCAAGAUUUCCCAAGCUCAGACAAAGGACAAGAAGAUUCGGAGCCAGAAGCAGAGCCUGAUAGGGAAUAUGAAAACAAGACAGCAUGCCCUCCCGAGCCCCUUGAGGGCAAAGACCUUCCAGGCGCUGAUUCCACACUGCCCGAGGAGCUUCCCUCAGAACAGGCUGAAUCCCAAGCUCCUGAGCCACGCCGCCGGGUAUUUGUGGUAGACUUGGCCCCCAAAGGUCGCUUGGAUGCUGAAGCCAAGGCCCAGCUGGAAGGAAAGGUGUCCCUAGAAGUGGUGACAGUUGGAAAUGCCAAGCUGAGGAGUGGGGAGAAAGCAUCCAAAGGAGGAGGGCAUCACCGGGUUGGACGCCGGUCUUCAAUGGAUUGGGAUGGGAGUGGUGGUGGCGAUUCGGAAAUUGAAGAAGGUGAGAUUGUUCAGCCUGAAGAUGAGCGGUACAGUCCCAUUCGACUUUUCCGGAGCAGAUGCCGUCCUGCUGAGCAACGUACCUUGCGGGUGGUGGAAGGAGAUGAUUUCUUGUCACUUCAUGCAGACUCAGAUGAUGAAGGAGCUUUACAGAUUGACUUUAGUGAAAGCCAACCCGACCCACGUUGGAAGGGGGUGGACCUGAGGCGGAAGAUUCUGACUCAACGUCGAGAGCGCUACCACCGAGCUCCAUCACCCCUGCCUCCGCCUCCACCACCACCCGCCCCAAAACGCCCUGCCUCCAAAUCUCACUCGGGUUCUAGUUCUGGAUCAUGUAAGAAAUCCAAACGGGAGCGCAAAAGAUCCCAUGAACGUAAGGCCUCAAAAACCAAGGAGUCUUAUACAUCUUCGUGGAACCCCAAGAAAAAAUCCAAGUCACGCUCAAAAUCCAAGGAGCGUCGGCAUUCACAUCACAGGGCUUCAAGGUCCCGCUCACAUCAUCGAACCUCCCGUUCCUGGUCACCAUCCAUCAGCACCAGCUUGUCAGCAGUUGGGUCCUCACACACUUCUGCAGAGCGGCACAAGAGCAGGAGUUCUAAGUCCAAGGAGAAGCGCCGUGGCCGGCAUUCACGGUCUCCCAGUAGCAGUCGGGCCCAUCGCAGUCGGCACAAGGACAAACAUCGUGGAGAUGGUGGCAGGAAGAAGAAGAAACGCUCGCGAUCUCGCUCACGUGAGAAACAUUCCUCCCAUCGGUUAUCCAAGGACAAGGAGCGGGAGGUCCACCUACUGGAGGAACCCAAGUCUGAGAAGGCCCUGAUGGAGCGUCGGAGAGAUGCACGAACUGUGGUGCCUCCCUCGAUCCAGGACCUCAAUGACAAUGACCUCUUCACCAUCAAGAGGACCAUCACAGUCAACCAGCAAGAGAAAAUGGAGGGACUGCUGGAGACACCAGAGAGAGCUAAGCGGGAGGUGCUUUAUGAUUCUGAAGGGAUGAGCUUCGAUGCUUGCUUCUCAGAUCGUGAGCCUGCUGAGGAGUCCAAGUCCAGUGGAGUGAGGCUAACAGCCAAAGAGGAUGCGCCCUCAUCCCGCAAGGACAAACGGCCUGAGGAGGACAUCAAGCCGAAGAUGCCCAAGGAGAAAGAGCGCAAAAGGGCCUAUCUCGAGGACCGCCCUGGUGCCCGGGACAAGUACAAAAAAAAGCUAAAGGAGGCACCACCCACUUCUGAACAACAAGAAUUGCCCAAGGCUGAAAAAAAGGCCCGACCUGAGCGGGACAAGGCUGGGAAAAAGAUUAAGGCCGGGAGUCACAAAGAGAGUGGCAAGCUAGGCUCAGGCCGGAAGGUGAAGCUCCAAUCCAAGGUAGCCGUGCUGAUCCGUGAAGGGGUAAGCAGCACCACCUCAGUGAAGGAGGUGGGUUCAAUUGGGGUGAAGUUUAGCCGCGAUAAGGAGAGCCGAUCGCCUUUCCUCAAAUCAGAAGAGAAGGUGUUGAUGGUUGGGGCUUCAGCAGCAGGCCAGAGUGAGAUGGCUGAUGUCAAGGAACCAGGCUUCAAACCUAAGAAAGCCAAAGGACUGAAGACUAAAAUGGGUGUAAAGAAGCUGAAGGGUGUCAAACCAAAGGGAGCCUCUGAGCCCAAGAAGAAGAAGAAGCUCAAGGUGAAGACUGGUCUGAAGAAAUCUAAAGCUGACAGCUGCAGCCAGGGUGCAAGCAGUCCUUUGAGAGUCAAGGAGGAGCCCUCCUGGUCUGGUUCAGAGAAAUCAGAGGGCACGGCCAAGCCCCCAAGCCCUCAGCCAUUGGUCCCUGAGCAGGAGCUCACUCCUGAUUCCCAGACAGUGGACAGCAGCUGUAAGACACCUGACGUCUCCUUCCUUCCUGAAGCCCCUCCAGUUGAGCAGCCCAGGGAGCCAGCAGAGGAACCUGAAGCAGAUAGCUUGUCUGAGACCAAAGAGGAACAGCCACUUCAGCAGCCGCCCCAUCCUCCUCGCAGCACACCCCAGCCUCCACCUGCUCCCAUGUCCUGGAAUCUGCAGGGUGGAGUGGACUGCACCAGUGGUGUACUGGCAUUGACUGCUCUGCUCUUCAAGAUGGAGGAGGCCAACCUUGCAAGUCGGGCAAAAGCCCAAGAACUUAUUCAAGCAACCAAUCAGAUUUUGACACAUACCAAGCCCUCCUCCGCCUCCUUGGGCCCUCCUCAGCCACCAGCACCACCAACCCAUCCACCUCCUUCACACUUGGCUGCACCACCCGUCUCCUACCUGCUCCAGGGUUCCCUGCCUCUGGGAGGAUGUGGUUCAACCCCUGGCACCCCUACAGGAGUGUUGCCUGGGAAUUUAAGCCAGACCUCAGCAGGCCUUCCUUCGUCUGGUAUCUUUGCUUCCUCAUCAGCCACCGAUCUGGGUAGCACCAGCUCAGAAGGGCGAGGAGACAGUGACAAGUAUCUGAAGAAACUACAUACACAGGAGCGAGCCGUGGAGGAAGUAAAGCUGGCUAUCAAGCCUUAUUAUCAGAAGAAAGAGAUCACUAAGGAAGAGUACAAGGACAUUCUGCGUAAAGCCGUCCACAAGAUCUGCCACAGCAAGAGUGGAGAAAUUAAUCCCGUUAAGGUGAACAACCUUGUCAAGGCCUACGUCCAGCGAUACAAGUACUUUCGAAAACAUGGACGCAAGAUGGAUGAUGAGCCAGGUCCCCCCAAGGAAAUAGGGGGUCUUGACAAAUCCGGCCUGCCUAUGCCCCCACUCUGAUCUUCUCUGACUGGGCAAAGGGGAAGGGAAUCAAAAUGGCCCUGUAUGCAAGUAGGCUUGGCUGCAGUCCCUCCUGCACCCCUCCUAUACAGCGUGGGGUGUGUGGAAGAGUAGUAGGACAACCCUGUUUUGUUUGGCAAGAGUUGCACCUCAAGAGCGCAGUUGCCUACUUGCCCUGGGCCCCCUUCCCACAAAUACUUUUCAUGGUUUUAGCCACAAAUCGACUGGUGUUUUACCCUGUAAAUACAGAUGGAAGAAGAUGGGGCUAAGCUUUAGUUUCAUCCCUCUUGAGCGCCCGAUACUGUGGGUGGACACUAUUCCUCCUCUGCCCUCCCCAUGUGUAGUUUUUACUCAUUUAGCAUGUUUUUAAUUUGAUGGUUUCUUCUUACCCUUCCUAUCAGCAGUCAGGACACAACAGUACUAUAAUUGACCUAAAAAUGGCAGCUUCUUGCUGCUGCGCUGGGUGGGUAACACACCCUUCAUAUCCGCCACCGCCCAGCUGUAAGUUUGUCUGUCAUACUCUUCCCCACCUUCUUUCUCUUCAUAAAACUGCAUUUACCCAUCUAAA